AUGAGUAAAAACAUAUUCCGGAUUUUUAACCCUGGGGAACCAAAGGAAAACCCAGUUGAAAAGAGGCGGGCCCAACUGCGACGAGCCCAACAGACAUAUCGUAAUCGCAAAGACAGAUACACGAGAUCUCUAGAAGAAGAACUCGCCAAGUCGCGCUCCAACGAAGCAGAAUUGACACGCGAAUGCCAGCAACUGCGUUCUGAUCUCGAAAAUGCGCUACAGCAAAUGUCUAGGCAAUGGAUAGGUAUGGCUGUCGACGGCAGCAACCCUCCCUCAGAAAGUACUGCUUUGUCAAGGACAACCGGGUCAACCAGCGGUGCCUCGCCAUUUCACUUCAGUGACUUUGGCGGCACACAGUCAAGAGACGCAAUUCCGUCGCCGCAGAUGAUAUCGCCAGAAUCAUUCGGUGAUUUCCAGGGAAUAACUGAAAGCUUUCAGAGACCUCCCAUCCUGUUUGGUCAGAGGGGAGUCGCGUAUAAUUGUCGUAUAAGCGAUGUGGAUCAAGUGACAGCAGGCGUGGAGUUUGUGCUAAAGAUUGAGGAACCUUGUCUGGAUCACUUGCACGGCGACCUAGACAAACCUUGCGAACCUAGCAAUCAUGCCCUGACUGUUUCCGCUCAGCUGAUAGCAGCGUGCGAUUACCCGUCGCCUACCAUCAGCUCACCUCCACCAAUAUCGGCCACCUUUAACAGUCUACCAACGCAAAUGCUCGAGCGAUUGUUGAGUCUAGCGCCAGAUCUAUCGAGUGAAGGUGAAGUGACGCCGAUCCAGGCGUGGAACAUUAUUCGAUGUCGGCCUGACUUUGGCGGUUUGGACACGAGGAGUCUGAGUGCUCUUGCGCGAAAGCUGAAGAAGGCUGUAAAGUGUCAUGGGGUAACACAUGUUCAUAUUGGUGAAGGGACGUUAAUGGCCAAGAAGAGGCAAGGAAAUGUCGUUGAUCAGGGGGUAACAUCAGACUAUUCACGUAUCACAUGCCUCACAUAUCACUACCUAGGUACCAAGAUCUCAAAGACCCCACGUAUCAAGACAGAAGACGACAAGUCAAGAUGA